GCCAUUCGCGGGAAAUCCGGGCCGACCCUCCAGUUGCAGAGAGACGUGCUCCAGGUCGCUUGUCCCCGGAAGUGACGAUAAGCCCCUCCUCUAAGGAAGUGACGGCAGAAGUGCCCUUGACAGGCGGGGCGGGGCGGGCCGGGCUGUGCAACCCUCCGCUCGCGCUACGGGGAGAUGGCUCAGCGACUUCUCCUGAGGAGGUUCCUGGCCUUCGUCACCUCCAGGAAGCCCCCUCAAGGUCGGUGGGCACCGCUCACCUCCAGGGCUCUGCGGCCCCUGCAAGGCAGUCCUGGUGACGCGACAGUAACAGCCAGCCAAGCCCGGUCAUUAUACACCACCAGAGUCUGUACAACGACCUUUAACGUCCAGGAUGGCACUGACUUUCAAGACCGAGUUGUCAACAGUGAGACACCAGUGGUUGUGGAUUUUCAUGCGCAGUGGUGUGGCCCCUGCAAGAUCCUGGGGCCACGGUUAGAGAAGGCGGUGGCCAAGCAGCAUGGAAAGGUGGUGAUGGCCAAGGUGGACAUUGACGACCACACAGACCUCGCCAUAGAGUAUGAGGUGUCGGCUGUGCCCACCGUGCUGGCCAUGAAGAAUGGGGACGUGGUGGACAAGUUUGUGGGCAUCAAGGAUGAGGACCAGCUGGAGGCCUUCCUGAAGAAGCUGAUCGGCUGAGCAGCAGGGAAGAGCCCCGAUUGCCCUUGCCCGCUGGGGCCCCGUGGUCCCCGGGGCACCCGAUGGAGCUCACAGCCCAGUGUAGGCCCACCCCGCCUCCUCCCUUCCGUCUGGGCCCGAGGGCCCAUGCUGGGCAGACCCAGCCUCCGAGUGUGGGUCCUCCUCCAGUGCUUCCGACCCGGCCGGCGGCCAGGGUGGCCUCCAGAGGAAUGGUGCUGCUGCUGGUCUGGGGACAGCUGUCUCCCACCCACUCUCUCUGGGGCUGCCGUAGUUCUCCCGAGGCCCGCGGAGAGAGGCUGGGCCAGCCCACAGCGUUACUGUCGAGCAGGGAUGGCUUGGUCCUCAUCUCCCCGGCCCCGGCGUCUCAUCCUAACCCCGGUGCCUGGCUCCUCUGCCUCCUGCGUCUUUCUUCCCUGCUGUUUUAUAAAAAGAAAAAGAAGGAAAGGAGAAACCCAAACAAAUGAGAGUAAUAUAUAAUUCUCUCAUUUUUUGUAGGUCUGUAAUAAAGAACUUUAUGUGACCCCUUCUA